UGUGGCAACAUAGACUAUACUGAGUCGCACCAGCAGCACUGCUGUGGUCGCUAAAAUGGGCUGAGAGCCGCAGAGGAGAAAUCGAACUACACGUACACACCGACGCUCGCUGGGUGUACAAAAGCAAGACGACUUUUUCUCAGUUCCACGUGCUCCUGCUCUUUUCUGACCCGUCUUCACUCCUGGCCGCUGCAGGCCAAGGAAUGUCCCGGCAUCGCGAUGCCUUACGUGGACCGUCAGAACAGGAUCUGUGGGUUCCUGGACAUCGAGGAAAUGGAGAGCAGUGGCAAAUUCCUGCGACGUUACUUCAUACUGGACACACAGCAGGGAAGCUUGGUGUGGUUCAUGGACAAUCCACAGAACCUGCCUGUUGGUGCAGAUUGUGUUGGCUCCCUCAAACUCACGUACAUUUCUAAGGUCAGCGAUGCCACUAAGCUGAGGCCAAAGGCAGAAUUUUGUUUUGUCAUCAAUGCAGGGAUGAGGAAAUUCUUCCUGCAAGCCAACGACCAGCAGGAUCUUGUGGAGUGGGUCAACGCUCUCAAUAAUGCCACGAAGAUAACUGUUCCAAAGUUGUCUGAUGGCCAGCAGAAUUUAGAGAGUCAGAAGGCUUUAUCAGAUGUCACAGGACCCAAAAAGCAAGUGUCUUAUAAAACAGAGAUCAUAGGUGGUGUCCCCAUCGUCACCCAGACACAGCACGAAGGCGGUGAUGGUACAGAGAGAGCAGGGGGUGAAGCUUUGCACCGUUCCCACAGUCAUCUCCCGUACUUUCUAAGCAGGCCGGCUCAGGGGCACACCGUCAUCAAGUCUGGUUACUGCGUCAAACAGGGAGCUGUGAUGAGAAACUGGAAACGGCGGUAUUUCCUUCUGGAAGAAAAUGCGAUGAGUUACUUCAAGUCAGAUUUGGAAAAAGAACCUCUGAGAAUGAUCCCACUAAAGGAAGUUCACAAAGUUCAGGAGUGUAAACAAAGAAGUGACAUUAUGAUGAGAGACAAUCUGUUUGAAGUCGUCACCACAACUAGGACCUUUUACAUUCAGGCGGACAGUCCAGAGGAGAUGCACAACUGGAUAAAAGCUGUGUCUGGGGCCAUUGUGGCCCAGCGGGGGCCAGGGAGGUCUGCAGCCACAGAACACGGCGGCCGUUCCCCUUUCUACCGCGGUCACGCGAGUCCCACCGUCCCUUGCUCGCCCGUGUCUGCCGUGCCACCAUGCUACCCAGACUGGGGGGCAGCUGUCACGAGCAGCACACGCUCGCAGCCUGGCGUGGGACAGCGAGCACUUCAUGAGCCUGUUGCCACGACCCAGUCAUGGCCAUGUGCCACCACGCCUGUCCCUGCAGGAGACGCGCCUGGCAAAGUGACGUGCGUCUCACCUGUGACCACUACCACCAUCACCUUCCCCCAGGAUUCACUUUGGCGACGUCGGAGCAGCUUUAACCCCCACGUGCCUGAACCGUCCCCAAAUCUGGAUGAUGCCGACCUGCCAGUGAGCGAGGUGUAAGCCGAUGACUCAGACUCAGUUUCCAUAGUGGCAUCGUUCAGGAGGGAGGCGUGCACGCCAGAUGUUGCAGUGGCGCACGAUGUCACAAAUCCACUGUUUGAGAUCCUCCCCUUGAAAAUCCCGUUAAGCAAAAAGGUGCGUGACCAUUGAGCCACACUUGUGUGUGCCAAAGACGACCCGGAUUUCACCUGCUGCUCUCCCCGUGUCUGUAUUUAAAAUGUAUUUAUUUCCUCAAAGUUGUUGAUGCCAGACAAAAAGUAGUUUACCUGCUCUGUGAGGUAACUAGGCGGCUUUAUUUUAACCAGCAUCAGCACCACAUUGUGCUAGUCUGUUUGUGGGACUCAGAUUUUCUUUUUUUUUGUUUGUUUUUCAAACCACGAUGUGUUAAACUCAGUAAGGGAGGUUUUUAAGGGUACAAGCUGUUUCCUAGUUAGUUGAAAGGAGUGCUCAAACUCAGGACUGGCUUUUCCUCACCACUCUAAUCUUUACUAAAAUUUGAACUUCUUACUAUUAAAGCACUGGGUUUUUUUGUUGUCCAGUGUCAAGGAUAUAGGUAAAAUGAAAACUGUAUUCCAGCGGAAGUUGCUGUUUCAUUGAUGGAUGAAGCAAAAAUAUCUGUAUGUAAAGUUUCUCUGC